CUCCUCUCCUCCCCCACUGAGAUUUCCAAACCGUAUCCCCGAGCCCUCCUCAUCUCCCAUCACUUUGGUCCAAGGAGUCCCAGAGGUUUUAUUCUUCUUCCACCAUCCUAUCAUCAUCUCUCUCCUGGACGAGAGGUCUUACCACGCCUCACCUGUCCUCCUGUAGAGUCUCAUUACUCACCUACCUGCACCUUUUUGACUCCUUGACGCUUUCUUGGGACGCGGCUCAAGAUGCCAGAGCCCACAAAGAAAGACGAGAUGCCAAAUGGCCAGCCAGAAGAAAGUGUUGCCCCAGACAGUAACGCUGCGCUGCCCCUCCCUGAGAUUUCCUUGGAGAUUUCUCCACCCCAAGAAGCGGUAGCAGAGGAGAAAGAGCCAGUAGAGACUGAUGGGAAGCAACCAGAGCCCACAGAGCCUGAGCCGUUACAGGCUGUGGUGGCUCCGGAGCCGAGCCCCACCGAGAACGGCUCAAACCAACCGCCGCCUGGUUUGGUUGGGGUUACAGAGCAAGCAGAGUCCGGUAGCUCUGCCGUAAAGGAAGAGGGCCCUUGCUCUCCCCCACCAACUGAUGAUGAUGAUGCUGCAGCCACUACCGCAUCCUCAACAUCCCAAGCAGAGGACGGCAGUUCACUCAAGAAACUCUCAAUUGAGCUGCUCAAUGAUAGCGUCCCUGUGCCAACCAUGGGCAGAAAAGACUCAGUGUGGUCUCUGGGAGAGGGCCAGAACCCAGAGGACCUGGACAAGCCCAUCGACACCCCGCCAAUAUCCACCCUGAUGAUAGAGAGUCCCCAUAGUGCCGUUGUCCCUGUGGGUGGAGACAUCAGCUUUGUUGCCAAGGUGGAGGCCAAAGAUCUCCUCCGCAAACCUACUAUCAAGUGGUUCAAAGGGAAAUGGAUGGAUCUGGCCAGCAAGACAGGAAAGCACUUACAGCUGAAAGAGACCUUUGACCGAUUGACCAAGAUACAUACAUUUGAGAUGCUCAUCAUCAAGGCCAAAGACAACUAUGCUGGAAACUACAGGUGUGAAGUCACCUACAAGGACAAGUUUGACAGCUGUUCCUUUGACUUGGAAGUUAAAGAAACUGAACAGGGCUCACAGAAUAUUGAUAUUCGUUCAGCUUUCAAAAGAAGCAGUGAAGGACAAGAGGAUGCAGGAGAGCUUGACUUUAGUGGUCUCCUUAAACAUAGAAAUCAAAGGGAGGUGAAACCGGAUGACACUCCAGAUGUUGAUGUGUGGGAGAUCCUGAAGGGCGCCCGGCCAGAUCAGUACGAGAAAAUUGCCUUUAUGUACGGCAUCACAGAUCUGAGGGGUCUGCUGCGGAGGAUGAAGAAGAUCCCAAAAGAGGUGAAGAAAAGCGAUGCUUUUGCGAAGAAACUGGAACCAGCCUAUCAGGUGGACAAAGGUGGAAAGAUCCGCUUGGUGGUCGAUCUGGCCGACCCCACGGUUGAGCUGAAGUGGUACAAGAACGGACAAGAAAUCAGACCCACUCCCAAUAAUAGGAAGUAUAUUUUUGAGCAUAAGGGCACACAAAGGAUUAUGGUCAUCAACAACUGCUCCUCGAAUGAUGACGCGGCGUAUUCUGUAGCUGCGGGAGACGAGAAAUGCGCCACAGAGCUCUUUGUCAAAGAGUUGCCAGUUAAGAUACUUAAAGGUAUCGAGAAAGUGGCGACCACAGUGAAUGAGAGGAUUGAGCUGGAGUGCGAAGUGUCAGAGGAAGGUGCUCAAGUCAAAUGGAUGAAGAACGGUGUUGAAAUUCCUACAGGAGUGCGUUCCAGAUACCGAGUCAAGUGUGACGGAACAAAACACUACUUGGUGAUUGAUGACGCCUCCAGGGAGGACACCGGGACGUACUCCAUCAUGGCUUCCGGUGGCACAUCUGAGGCUCGCGUUCAGGUUGACUUGAAACCGCUGAAGGUGUUCCAGGACCUGGGGAAUAUGACGGUGAGGCUGGGUCAACCCCUCAAGAUGCACUGUGAGAUUUCCCCCGGUAACGUUCCAGGUCGUUGGUACAGGAAUGGACAGCUGAUCCAGCCCAAUGACCGCAUCACCAUCCUACACAGAAAUAGGAACCAUCAUCUUGACAUUGCGGUCACCUCCCUUCAUGAUGCAGGAGAUUACACUUUUGUACCUGAGGGAUAUUCACAGAGCCUCUCUGCCAAAAUUCACAUCAUUGACCCACCAAGGGUGCACUUGGAGAGCAUGAACUUCCCAGACAACACAGUGACAAUUGUGGCAGGAAACAAACUUCGCUUGGAGAUCCCCAUCAGUGGAGAACCAGCACCCAGGGUGAUUUGGAUGAAGGGAGAAAGGGUGAUUCUUGAGUCGGGCAACCGUGUCCGAGCUGAAACGUACGGCGACCAGACCAGCCUGACAAUCGACGUCACAGAGCGGGAGGACACAGGCAACUACAAGAUAGUCCUGCAGAAUGAGGCUGGUGAAGCCUCAGCCAGCGUCAAAAUCAAGGUUGUAGACAUCCCCGACCCUCCAGAGGCUCCCUUGGUCCCGGAGGUUGGCGGUGAUUGGUGCUCUAUGUUAUGGGAACCGCCCAAAUAUGAUGGGGGUUCACCACUAUUAGGCUACUUCAUCGAGAGAAAAAAGAAGCAGAGCUCCAGAUGGAUGAGACUGAACUUUGACCUGAUCAAAGAAACAGCAUUCGAACCCAAGAAGAUGAUUGAAGGAGUGCCAUAUGAAGUGCGGGUGUUUGCAGUCAACGCCAUCGGUGUGUCCAAGCCCAGUGAACCAUCCAAAGCCUUUACUCCCCUCGCUGUGACCAGUGAGCCCACCAUGCUGGUUGUGGACGAUAUCACCGACACCACAGUGACCGUAAAGUGGCGUCCUCCUGAAACCAUCGGAGCUGCCGGUCUGGACGGAUACAUAGUGGAGUACUGCGUAGAAGGAACUGAUGAGUGGAUAGUAUCCAACACGGAGCUGACAGAGAAGACCAAGUACACCAUCACUGGGCUGACUCCAGGAACUAAAAUAACAAUUCGAGUCAAAGCCAUCAACGCUGCCGGAGCCAGCAAUCCACGUACCAUUCAGCACUCCGUCCUGGUCAAAGAGGUUAUUGAACCACCCAAGAUCCGCGUCCCCCGACACUUGAAGCAGACAUACACCCGAAGAGUUGGAGAAGCAGUCAACCUCGUAGUGCCAUUUAUGGGCAAACCCAGGCCGAAGGUCAACUGGCUGAAGGAGGGCAAGCCCAUAGAGGCUACCCACGUCAGCAUCCGCAACACAGACUGUGACAGCAUCAUCUUCAUCCGCAAAGCAGAACGCAGCCACUCUGGAAAGUAUGAGAUGUCUGUGCAGGUUGAGAACCACCAGGACACGGCCAUUCUGGACAUACAAAUCGUAGACCUACCUGGGCCUCCUCUGUGUGUGACGAUUGAAGAUGUUUGGGGAGGAAAUGUGGCUCUGGUCUGGACUCCUCCAAAAGACAACGGCAAUGCCCCGAUAACCGGCUACACCAUUCAAAAAGCAGACAAGAAGACAAUGGAGUGGUACACAUGCAUCGAGCACUACCAUCGCACCUGCAUCACCAUUACAGAGCUGGUGGUAGGGAACGAGUACUUCUUCAGGAUCUUUGCAGAGAACAUGUGCGGCCUGAGCGAAACUGCCACCCAAACCAAGAAAAGCGCCCUCAUCGUCAAAGAAGGCAUGCAGCUUAAAACACAGGAUUACAGCGACCAUGACUUCAACGAGGCGCCAACGUUCACGCAGCCGUUGAUCAACACUUUUGCUAUUGCCGGUUACAACGCUACUCUCAACUGUAGUGUCCGUGCCAACCCAAGGGCCAAAGUGAUCUGGAUGAAGAAUAAGAUCGCCAUCCAGGACGACCCACGCUACCGCAUGUUUAGCAACCAGGGAGUAUGUACUCUGGAGAUCAGGAAGCCCAGCCCCUAUGAUGGUGGCAUGUACACCUGCAAGGCCACCAACGACCUGGGAGAGGCCCAAGUGGACUGCAAGCUGGAGGUCAAAGUCCAAACUCAAGAAUUGUGAAUGUAUGUUCUCAUAUAAGGAGGCUUCACCUUCUACGAACUCAUGCAACGCGGAGUGCCCCUACACCUGAUUGACAAGUACAUGAACGAGAAGGUUGUCGAGCAAGACAAGUAAAAUCGGACAGAGUGCAAUGAGACACUUAAUAGCUUUUGCAGACAUCUGCCGCCACUAGUGAUCCUCUUCUUUCCCCUACGGAGGACAGCGGCCUGGAGGUCGGAUGGAGGGAUGAUGGAGGAGUGUGUGGGGAGGGUGUACUAGUCUGUGGUGUGGCAUGCUGUGUGCAGGUUUAGAGCUAGUUACCAUAAAAAAAAAAAAAAAACACCAGCUCAUUUCUUUGUCACCCUCUUGUGUUCAAAAGACUCUGUUUCAGCUCAGAUGCAUGCUGGCAAUGUUUUGGUUCUAGCUUUGAUAAGUACAUGUAAUGUGUAAAAAAAAACAUAUACAAAAAAGCACAUAUUUAGCACAGUAUUUACAUGUUGCUGGGAGUGUCUGUUGAAGGUGAAAAUGUAUUUCCGGGGUCUGAAAGAAGGAAAAGGGAAUGUAUAAACAAAGGUUUGGUGUUUGUAUGGUGUGUCAGAACUUCUAAGGAAAAAAUGCAAAUAGACCAGAGUAAUGUUGGAUAAAUGAUGUGUUGGAUAACAAUGUGUUGACCCUUCUAAGAUAAUUCACAUUAAUAUUUGUUCAUUUCACUUUUUCUGUUUAAUAAGUGAGAAAAUGUAGAGGUUUACACACGGUCCAUAUUCUGCAUGACACAUUAUGCUUUUUGGAUUCAUAUUUGACUUGAGGCUUGAUUGAUGCCUCAUGUGCGCAUGCAUUUACCUUUGUAAUUAUGACCCAUGGAUUACAAUAAAAAGUCACUUAAAAUGUG